AUGGAUAGACCUGAUCCGUUUUACGUUGUGCGCGAUGAAAUAGUCAAGUCUUUGGGCCAGGCAAAGGUGGAAUUCGAUGCAUGGAAGCAUGAAGUUGUUUCAGAAUCAACUAACAUAAAGACCGCCGAAACUGCGUUGAAAGAAACCAUCAGAAACAUUGAUUGGGAUCUUGAAGACCUUCAGGAAACAGUUCAAAUUGUGGAAAGAAACCCAUCUAAGUUCCGUAUAAGUGUCGAGGAGCUGCGAUCACGCCGGCACUUUUUGCAGGAGGUGAAAACAGUUGUGAAAAAUGUUAAGGACCAACUCCAUCAUCCGGAUGAGCUUCUAAAUGGAAAUAGUAGAAACAUCUAUUUCGAUGUGGCGACGGCAAACAAAGCGUCAUCCGGUGCUAUUAAUGGUAUCGAUGUCAAAAAUCCUCCUAGUUUUCCGCAAUACAAGUUGUCGGCAGCAGAGACGGGAAUAGGUGGAGAUGGGGGCGAGGGGGGUGGCGGUUUCACAGAGGACUUAAAGUGGCGCAGCGAGCACCCGGGCACAGAUGCGCCGGGUCUGUUGGCGGAGCAAGUGGCGCUAUUGCGCGAGCAGGACGAGCACCUGGACCAGCUUGGCUCGAGCAUCUCGCGACUCAAGCAGAUGUCGCACCGCAUCGGCGGCGAGCUUGGAGAUCAGGUGGCCCUGCUGGAUGAGUUCAGUGAAGAGAUGACCCACACCGAGUCGCGGUUGGACAACGCCAUGCGUCGCGCAGCCCGCCUCCUCCACAUCGAUUCCUCACGCGCCCAGUGGUUCGUCAUAGGCAUCCUCCUCCUUACCCUCCUCGUCAUUCUCAUCCUCUUCGUCAUCCUCUGA